GGCGACCACGCGCCCGUCCAGCGCCACUCGCCGCCGGCCCCCAACCGCCUCGCCGGCAAUAAUAUUUACAGCGGAUUUACACCCGAGCACGGCUCAGCAAACUAGCGCAGAAAGUGCUGGAAUACCACGCUUCAGGCGCAGUAAGCCCUCUCGGCGACUGUCAUUGCUUGCUGCAGAAGAGCGCUGUGCGCAGCGAGCUGCAGGCUGGGAGAUGUAGUCCACUCGCCAGCGUCCUAUUCGAAAAGAGGACGAAAUAAGACUGCAUUAUCCAGCAUCCAACGAUCGGUCGAGAUGCUUUGGACCAGGCAUAGCAGUGAAAUGGGCAAAGCGCUGCAAUCCUUUGGAGGGUGGCGGAGGUGCGAGCUGCAAUGAGAUUGGAAAAGUGCAUUUAUAUAUUUGUUGGUUUCUCACUUCGUGUCAUUCAUUGGUAGGCAGCAGCUGCAUAGUAUAGUCGGCCGAUUAGAUUCCAGAUAUAAAACCUAUUUAGGGACGGAUUUUUCUUUUCUUAAUCUGCGGAUUGUCUUUCUGGAAUUAAGAAGAUGGUUAUUCGUGUGUUCACCGCCUCCUCUUCAGCCUCUAUUGCGAUCAAGAAGCGACAACAAGAUGUGGUGGGAUUCUUAGAGUCUAACAAGAUUGAAUUUGAAGAGAUUGAUAUAACAAUGUUGGAAGACCAGAGAUUGUGGAUGUACCACAACAUCCCUCAGGAGAACCAGCCUGCUCAAGGAAACCCACUCCCGCCUCAGAUAUUCAACAAUGAUGCCUAUUGUGGAGAUUACGAUGCAUUCUUCGAAUCAAAAGAAAACAAUACGGUUGCAAUUUUUUUUGGUUUGAAACCAAAAUCUACAUCACAGGAUUCUGAACCAUAGUUCCUUGAAAGCUCACAUGUAACCCAAAUGGUUUGUCUUGUGUAGAGCUGGCUCUAAGCUUGGCUAUUCAUUAUUGGAACACCUCAGCACAAUAAAUGCCUUGUGUUAUGUCGUCGACCAUUGCUUUAUAUCCCAGCUUACCACAAUGAAACCUUUUAGCUAUAACGGUAUUAGAAGAAAAGCAUAACUGGUCAUGUCAACUACACAUGAAACAGUCAAGUUCUUUGCUAAACUGGAUGGAUCCUGUUUGCUGCUUGCCACCUUGCCUUAUUAAACCUUGGUUUAUUUGAACAGUGUUGUACCUGCAUUGUACCUGUGUUCUACCUUCACCAACCCCAAAAUUUGUGCUCAAAUAUUAAAGAGACAUUCUUCAGGUUAAGAUCAUUAAUCUAAGGACAAUCCCCUAUGAAUGCCACUAUAUACUAUAGGUGGUGAGCAACAGAAGAAUGGACAGAGUUGUACGGAUGAAUCUCAACUAAAGGGGUCUGGAGUUGUACAUGUCUUCUUUAUGAAAAUACUUUACACUGAAUGCUGAAAUGUUUUGAAGAACUGCUGCUGUUAUUUCCAUCUCUACUCUGCAGAAAACAUGCUGAGAUCAUUGCUGGAGCAAUGCCAGUAAAUGCCUGCUGCAGUAUUUAAUGCAAGCAAAGGCACAAUACUAAAUCACAUGACUGGUGCAAAAGUAUUAAAGGCUUUUUGUUUUUGCUGAGAUACUGAUUUGCCAAGCAUUUGUUAUUGUAUUUUGUAUUUAUUAUCAAUGUUGUCCAGAAUCUUUGCAAUAGCAAGACAUAUUUAAUGCAGACAGUGAGUAUAAUGCAUCUUGGAACAGUAGGCCCAUUAUUUUAGUCAUUAGGUAUUCCUAAUGUUAAAUUAUGACCUCAAAUGCAGAAAGCAGAGGAAGGGAUACUUGGCUAAGUGGCAUCAUGUGGUAAAAUGUAAUAAAAAAAUCACAUGCCAAGCACUGUCCUCCAUGAAACUUGUCUUUACAGGACCAUAAAGCUGGAAUCUUAAACAUCAAGAACCAUAUUGAGGGAAAAAUAUAUUGGAAAAAUACACAGAGCACAAAGUGCAAAAUCCAGAUUGGGUUAAGAUUAUUCUGCCCAGUCACCAAUCUGCAUGGGCUGACCACGAAGCCAAUAAUGUCAUCUGCACAAGAAUCAUAAAUACAAUUGAUGUGUCUAAUGUGGACCAAGUAAAUAUUCAGCUGAAAAAUGGGAUGAUCCCAUGGAAAAUCUGCUACCCAAGGGUUAUUUUAUCAACGUACAUAAGAUUAUUAAACUCACAGUUAACCUCCGCUUGAUGUUGUGUAAUGUAUGAACUGAGGUUUUCUCCCUACUGAUUAAUUGGAAGACCAAAGUUAUUGUUCUCUAUUCCAACCAUGAACUCCAUUCCUUUGGUGACAUUUUUGACCCACAAAUUCAGACCAAAUACAUAUGCAUUUAAGUGUGUCUGGAGGAACUGCAGAUGCUGGUUUGCACCAAACAUAGUCACAAAAUCCUGGAGUAACUCAGCGGGUCAGGCAGCAUCUCUGGAGAUAAGGAAUAGGCGACAUUUCAG